GAAAACAACGCGGUGCAAAACGCGCAUGCGCAGAGAAUCGCUGAUUCAGCAGUGGGCGGGGCUCAUCGUUACGUUGCCCGGCAACAUUGCAAAGAAGAUGGAGAGUCGGAGAUCCAGGCGGUCGCACUCAAAGCUGAGCUCCAGCCAGCUGUCGUCAAGCCAAUCGGGCAGUGGUCGCCACAGCAUGGGGUUGCACUCGUCUAGCCAACUCCGACUGAGGGGAUCUCGCAGUUUCCUGGGCUCCCAGUCCAGCCUCGCCUCCCUCAGCAGGCGGAACCUGGCCUCGGAGAGCUCUCGCUUCCCCAAACCUGAGGCCCAGAUACUGGAUGAGAACGGAGAGGAUGUGACUCCGCAGCCACUCCUGGGGCCUGAUCUACUCAAGAAGAUCAGCAACAAGACAUUCUGGAAUGAACCAAUAUCCUCAGAGUCAAUCUUCCACCAGAAAUCUGGAGCAAGUGGAGGAAGCUUCUCCCAACCUUUCUCUUCGUCAGUGAUGGAGGGAGGAAGUACAAUGGAGAGCAGUCUGAGUAUGAGUUUGUCCAGUCUUGAACAGCCAGCUGAGGAAUCACAGAUAACAGAUGAGAAGUGGGUGAAAGAGGUUGGUGAGGUAGGGGAGAAGGAGAGCGGGGAGGAGGUGGUUGUAAUCACACUGACUGAGACGGAAACCAUCAGUCUACUGGACAUCCCGAGUUCAGUGGUGGCUGACCCGGAUCAGCAGGAGUCUGUCCAGAAGAGCAAUCUGCUGUAUCAAGAGUUGCUAAAGAAUCGUCAGGGAAACGAUCGCUACUCUGAGCGAGGUAUGCAGACCAUUGACAAUGGCAGAAAGACCAAACACGUCCAAACAGACCCAGUCCAGACCACAUGGGGUGCUUGCUUCAUCUGCUGACAUGUAUGACACAUACUCCGCCAUUGAGGAAGCAGAGAAGGUGAAAGAGCCCCAGUCAGACGCCAGUUUGGAGGAGCUCACUAGUAGAGCUGCCAGCAGGAUGGCCACUGGGAGUCUCCAGUCCUCCAGACCAACCACUGCUCCUCCCGAUACCUCAACCUCAACUUCCACUGCCAUUCCUGGAGAAAGUACAUUUGUGGGAAGUGUCUUUACUCAGUCUGGGAGUGUGGCUAAUCAUCCAUCAGGCAGGGGUCUCCCCAUUCAGACCAACAUGGUAGACCCCACUGAGCCUAACGAUCAUCCUAUUCUGAAGGCGGCAGGAUUGCCAGACAGACUGAGGCUGGUCGAGACAGCUGUCAUGAUGAACUACAUGCAGAACAGACUAGCACUCUACCGCAACCUCCCCACCCUCAUUGAGCAUGUGCCGUCCGCGGUAGAGAGUCUGACAAUAUCGAGAGGCCAUCUGGACAGACUGUGGGUGUACGGCUGUCCCCUCACUCGUGGGAGACCUGUCACUGCCAUCUGUUGGAACAUUGCCAAUCCCGACAUCCUCGCUGUGGGCUAUGACAGCUCCUCCAGAGGAGAGCCGGGCCAGGGAUUAGUUUGCUGCUGGUCUCUCAAGAACUGCGAGUUCCCUGCGAGGGUGUUCAACGCACCAUCAGGAGUGACUUCGCUCUCUUUCUCUCUCCUUCAUCCCAACCUUCUGGCUGCUGGGCUGUGCAAUGGGUCCGUUCUCCUUUAUGAUGUCCGCAGCACUCAACACUCAUCAGUUCUGGACAGCAGAGAUGCAGUGCACAGACACUGUGGCCCAGUGUGGCAGGUGAAGUGGGUCCUGAGAGAGAAGACUCUCGGGGAAGAGGCACGCUCUGAGGCCCUCGUGUCUACCUCCACCGACGGCAGAGUUCUUCAGUGGUCAAUUAGGAAGGGGUUUGAGAGCUCAGUUCUGAUGAAGCUAAAGAGAAUGGUGGUGCCCAAACCUCCGAUGGUGAAGAAACAGACCAAAGGUGGGAAGACGCAGGCCCCUCCCCCUCAAACUGAUGCCAUCAUCUCCCAGCAUGCACCCGGCCUGGGGUUUGACUUCAGCCCCUCUGACUCUAACCUAUAUCUGGUGUGUACAGAGGAAGGCCUGAUCCACAAGUGCUCAUGUUCAUACAAUGAGCAAGUUCUGCAGACAUACAAAGGACAUACAGGAGCAGUGUACAGAGUGAGGUGGUCGCCAUUUGUCAGUGAUGUCUUUGUGAGCUGCAGUGCGGACUGGACAAUCAAACUGUGGCACCACGAGCACACUUCUCCCCUCCUCACCUUCUCCAGCACCAAGACCCCAAUCUACGAUGUGGUGUGGUCUCCGUUCCAUUCUGCCAUGUUUGGCACUGUCAGUGGGACUGGGGUGGAGGUAUGGAACCUGGACAUAAACACGUUGGACCCUGUAAUUCACCACCACUCACAAACCUCCACCCCCACCUCUCUCUCCUUCUCCUACAACUCUCAGACUCUACUAGUGGGUGUGGCUUCAGGAGAAGUGGGUGUGUACCAGCUCAAGAAUGUUCCCCACACUGCGGAUGAGAUAGUUCUUUUAUCAGUAGUAGAGGCCGCAGUAAAGGAGCUUCAUUGA